AUGGCCGGUCCGGGCACGGGCAAGACGGCGCUGUGCCGGGAGCUGGUGUGGCCGCGCGCGGGCCCCUCCGGGCGGCAGCAGCGCGCGCUGCGGCGCCGGCUGCUCGCCUUCCACUUCUGCCAGGCGGCCGACGAGGCGACGCUGGCGCCGGCCAACUUCGUGCGCGCGCUCGUCGCGCAGCUGCUGGCGCGCUCGCAGCCGCCGCCGCCCGCGCCCGCCGACGCCGCCACCUCGCCCUCGUCGCCGCACCUGCCCAAGGCGUUCGGCGCCACCGCCGACGGCUACGCAGAGAAGAAAGGUGUUCUGAUGGGCGGACGUGCGCCGGCGUGCCCGCAGGUGCGCACGGACCCCGAGAUCGUGGCGGCGCUGCGGCCGGAGAGCGUGGAGCGCGACCCGGACGAGGCCCUGAAGCGCGCCGUGCUGUUCCCUCUGCUGGAGCUGGAGCCUCCGCGGCACGCGCUCUUCCUGCUCGUCGACUCCAUCGACGAGGCGCAGACCUCCUCCGCCGGUGGCUCCUCGCUGGCCUCUGGCAGCGGGGGCGGCGGGGGCGGCAAACUGCUCGCCGCCACGCACCACCUCUUCCCGCACUGGCUCGCCCUCGUCUGCACCGCUCGCAGGCACAGCCGCGCGGUGGCGCGCCUGUUCGCGGGCUUCCGGCGCAUCGCGCUGGACGACCUGCGCAAGUCGCAGGUGGUGCGCGACGUCCAGCAGUACAUCCUGGCGCGGCUCGACCAGGAGGACGCGUUGCGGCAGCACAUCAGCCGCGACACCGCCGAGAUGCUCAACCAGCUGCACAUCAAGAGCAACGGCUGCUUCCUCUACCUCGAGAAGGUGCUCGACGGCGUCGCUGAGAACUUCAUCGUGCUCAGGGAGGUUCGUGAAAUACCGGGAACUCUGAAUGGCCUGUACCUGUGGCUGUGCCAACGGCUGUUCAGCAGGAAACAGUUUGCCAAGGUGCAGCCACUGCUCAACGCAAUGCUAGCUGCGAGGCGGCCUCUGUCCCAUGACGCACUCUUCCGGUGUGUGAGGGUGCACAACUGCCAGAUCACAAGAGAGGACUUUGCUAGAAGACUGCACCUCUUGAGGAGAGUACUCGCGCAGGGUGGCAGCAGUGGGAGCCCGCCACAGCUCUUCCACCACAGUUUCGCCGAGUGGUUGCUCGACGUGAAGCACUGCACGCAGAAGUACCUGUGCUCUGCUGCGGCAGGUCACGGCAUGCUGGCCGUGUCACUCUCCCAGUUUGGGCGGCAGCUCCCCGUGGAGGAGGUCCCGUCGUUGGCCAUGCACAUGGUCCGGUCACAGUGGCCACCACCGCAGCCACAGCCAGCACAGGUGCAGGCCCUGCCUGCUGGCCUUGACCCGCACACUGUGCUCGUGCUGUGGCUCAUCGACAGUGGGGCACCUGUUGAAGACUGUCUGUUAGAGGUUGAUGAUGGAGACUACACAACAGCAAAUGCAUGGAGGACGCUGCCACUGCCAAAGGACAACAGGGUGCUGAGGCUCCUGGCAGAUGCAGGGGCCAGGGUGCCUACAGAGGAGCAAGUCCAUAGCGAUGCGGCCUUAUCAACAGCCUUAGACAUUAGUACCUUAGCUAUCAUAGAUAGCACGGAAGAUGUAGCACUUUCUAGUCAGAUAUCCGUAGAUGGCAACGCCAGCCCUCUACGUCCUAUCUCCCCCGUAGAUCCAUUGCUGGAACUACUGGGGGCAGAUGGAGAUGUGAACCGAGCCGACUCUGGUGGCAGGACACUGCUGCACGCCCUCGCUGCCGAGGGAGAUGCAGCUCUGCUGGCACUGGCAGCCGCCAGGCCUGGCGCCUGUCUGGAGGCGACUGACAGACAUGGGCAGACACCUCUGAAUCUGGCUGCAAGGCAUGGGCAUGCUGCAGUUGUGGCAGCCCUGUUGGCGGCAGGGGCACGCGCAGACCAUGCAGACUGCGAUGGCUGGACUGCACUGAGGGCUGCAGCCUGGGGUGGUCACACUCAGGUUGUGGAAGCACUUCUGGCGCAUGGUGCAGCUGUUGACUGUGCAGACUCAGACCAGAGGACAGCACUGCGAGCUGCUGCAUGGGGAGGACACGAGGACAUCGUCCUGGCCCUGCUUCGACACGGUGCUGACGUAAAUCGAACAGAUGACGAGGGGCGAACGGCUUUGAUUGCUGCAGCGUAUAUGGGUCAUUCUGAGAUAGUUGAGCAUUUGCUAGACUUUGGAGCAGAGAUCAACCACGAAGAUGCUGAUGGUCGAACAGCACUGUCUGUAGCAGCUCUCUGUGUGCCUGCAAAUGAAGGAUAUGUGAAGGUAGUAAAUAUCCUCCUUGAACGUGGAGCUGCUGUGGACCACCAGGACAAAGAUGGAAUGACCCCACUGCUGGUUGCUGCCUUUGAAGGUCACAGGGAUGUUUGUGAAUUACUUCUGGAGUAUGAGGCUGAUGUUGACCACGCAGAUCGAGCAGGUCGCACUCCACUGUGGGCUGCGUCAUCGAUGGGGCAUUCAUCGGUAGUGGAGCUGCUUCUGUUCUGGGGCUGUUAUGUUGAUAGCAUUGAUCCCGAAGGGCGUACUGUGCUGAGUGUUGCUGCUGCACAAGGUGGCACCGAUGUUGUCCGGCAGCUGCUCGACAGGGGGUUAGAUGAACAGCAUCGAGAUAAUUCUGGAUGGACUCCAUUGCAUUAUGCAGCAUUUGAAGGUCAUAAGGAUGUGUGUGAAGCUCUCCUGGAGGCAGGAGCGAGGGUGGAUGAAGCGGACAAUGAUGGGAAAGGCCCGCUGCUGCUGGCCGCCCAGGAAGGGCACUCGCUACUAGUGGCGAUGCUGCUCUCAGAGCAUGCUGCCCCUCCUGACCAGCGUGCACACGAUGGGAAAACUGCCCUCAGGUUAGCAGCAGUGGAAGGUCACAGUGAUGUUGUGAUUAGCCUUCUGGCCCACGGUGCUGAUGUUAAUGUAUUAGAUGCAGACGGACGGAGCACUCUCUAUGUUCUUGCUCUGGAGAACAGAUUGGCCAUGGCAAGGCUGUUAUUAGAGGAGGGGAAUGCAGAUGUUGAAACAAGAGAUUCUGAGGGCCGUACUCCGUUGCACGUAAGUGCAUGGCAGGGACAUGCAGAAAUGGUGGCACUACUGCUGACUGUUGGAGGUGCAGACGUUGAUGCCACAGACAAUGAGAACCGUACAGCACUGCACUCGGCUUCAUGGCAGGGACAUGCGGCCAUUGUGCAGCUGCUUCUGGAACAUGGGGCAAGACCUGACCACACGUGUAAUCAGGGGGCCACUGCACUGGGUAUAGCUGCUCAGGAGGGACACGAAGGCUGUGUCCGUGCACUCCUAGAGCAUGGUGCAGAUCCUAAUCACUCUGAUCGCUGUGGCCGCAACGCUCUACGCGUCGCUGCCAAGAGCGGUCACGAGGGUGUUGUGAGGCUCCUCGAGGAGUUUUCUCUUUCGCACAGGACAUCACAAGCCAGAAGUACUAGUGGAGGUGGCAGCAGCAGUGCAACCUCGCUGACUUCGGGUUCGACAGCAGAGACGAAACCUUCCUCAGCGGUGCUGUGCCCUCCGGGGCCAGGGCCUUGCCGAAGUUGCUCACCUGUCGAGUCUCCGGACUCUGGCAAGCGGCGCUCCUUUGUGUCACUUGGUAACAACUCCAGCAACAGCAAGUCCAGCAGCAACUUCACUGGCUCCACAAAGAGCUCACAGAGAUCCCAGGAACCCGGCACUGCUGGUGGUACGAGCACUGCUAGUACAGCUCUAGGAGCCCCGUCUACACCAAUGCAGCAUCCUCAACAUCAGGCUGUACUGUCAUUCACGCAACAACUACAACAGUGUUCGAGGGGUACGAGAACCCGCCCACUGAGCCGGCUGCUGUCACCACUGCAGUCGGAGCCCCAGAGCCCAAUCUACGCUUCACCGCCCCAUUCGCCUCUGAGUGACGUGGCGGUGCCUAGCUCUCCCCUUGCCUUGAACCCCGCAGCUCUUGCACCACAGCACCAGCAGUUGCCGCUUCAGCAGCAGCAGACAGGGCUGCACAAGGGAGGCCUGCUCACGACGACUGCAUCCCUAAUGGCAGAUUCGCACUUUGCACGUGACACGCACAUGAGGAUAAUUCUUGGUAACAGCUCAAGUACUGAGGGUCGAGGACCUCCAGGUCUUCUGUCACCUCAGGUUGCAUCUGAAUGCACAAAUUCCAAGUUUGGUGGCGGGACUGCAUCCCCAAUGGCAGACUCGCAAAGUGACACGCACAUGAGGAUAAUUCUUGGUAAAAGCUCAAGCACUGAGGGACGAGGACCUCCAGGUCUUCUGUCAUCUCAGAUUGCAUCUGAAUGCACAAAUUCCAAGUUUGGUGGCGGGACUGCAUCCCCAAUGGCAGACUCGCAAAGUGACACGCACAUGAGGAUAAUUCUUGGUAAAAGCUCAAGCACUGAGGGACGAGGACCUCCAGGUCUUCUGUCAUCUCAGAUUGCAUCUGAAUGCACAAAUUCCAAGUUUGGUGGCGGGAAUGCAUCCCUAAUGGCAGACCCCCACUUUGCACGUGACACACACAUGAGGAUAAUUCUCGGUAAUAGUGCGAGUGCUGUGGGUCGAGGGCCUCCAGGUCUUCUGUCAUCUCAGGGUGCAUCUGAAUACACAAAUGCCAACUCUGGUGGCGGAGGACUACUGAAGCCACGGCGAAAUGGCAUUGUGACAAAUCCUGCCCUACGAAUUGUGGCUGGUGUGAAGAAUGGACUGGAUGCUGCAGCAGGGCGGAAACAUACCACAGCAGCAAGCCGUUUGCAACAACCGAAGAACAAUGGCUUUCAGUGGCGUAAGGAAACUCCCCUCUGA